AUGAUCCGCCGCCGCCGGCGCGCGCGUGACCCCUGCACCCUUCCGCGGCCCCGCGCGCGCCUCCUGUGGCUGAUCGCGCUCGGGGCCGGCGCGAGCCUCCUCUACCUGCAGCGCACAGGUUCACAUCUCUCGGAUGUGGAUUCCACUGCCGGAAUCGAGGUGAGGGCUGCAGAGGUGGACUUUGGGAGGCCCCGGGAUAAUCAGCCGAGGCCACAGCAGCAGCAGCAGCAACAUAAUCAUCAUCAGCAGCAACAACAUCAUGAUCAGCAGUAUCAUCAUCAGCAGCACCAGCUGCAGCAGCAGUAUAACCAUCCUGAGCAGGAGACCCAGGAGGAGAGGCUCGCGCUCCUUCACGACGCCUGCUCUAGGUUCUCGUUGAAGCAAAACGUCCCUCCUCCACGACCACCAUCCUCCUCCUCCUCGUCCUCCAUCGUUCACCUUCCUCCCCGGUCCGUCGCGUCGCGCAUCUUCGUGAGCGACCGCCUCUCGCUGCUCUACUGCGAGGUGCCCAAGGCGGGCUGCACCAACUGGAAGAGGCUCCUCAUGGUGCUGGAGGGUCUUCAUCCCGGCCCUCCGGAGGACAUCUCCAGGGAGGAGGCUCACUCAAGCGGAGCGUUGGUGCGCCUCGACUCUCUCGAGCCCAGCGAGCAAAGGUGGAGGCUGCAGAACUACACGAGCGUGCUGUUCGUGCGGGAGCCGAUGGAGCGAAUCGUGUCCGCCUUCCGCGAUAAACUUCAGCGACCCAACCCCUACUACCAGUCCACCGUCGGCCGCUCCAUCAUCUCGCGUUACCGCGGCAACGCGAGCGCCGAGUCCAUGCGCACCGGCCGCGGCGUCACCUUCGGCGAGUUCGCGCGCUUCCUGCUCGACCCGCUGCGCCCGGCCGGCGCCGCCGACCCCCACUGGGAGGCGGCUCACCGCCUCUGCCUGCCCUGCGCCCUGCCCUACGGCUUCGUGGGCAAGCUGGAGAGCGCGCGGCGCGACUCGGCCAUCCUCCUCCGCCGGGCUGGGGCGCCGCGCGCGCUCGCGUACCCGCAGCCCGCGGGCGGCCGCCGCGGCGGCCGCGGCCGCGGCCGUGGCCGUGGCCGCGGCCGUGCGUCGUCGGUGUCGCUCGCCGGGCGGUACCUGUCGCGGCUGAGCGCGGCCACGCGGCGGGCCCUCUACGCCACCUAUUACCGCGACUACGCCCUGUUCGGGUACCCGAGGCCGGCCGCUGUGCGGUGA